UGGCACAGAGAGGCAGGGGGAUGAUAUGUCUUUUAAAGGUGUUGGAAUUAUGCACUGAUGUGGAAGUGGAGUUCCCCAUACUGGGAAUUGACAGUUGUUACCUCAUCUGUCCACAACAGAAGGAAACUUCUGAUAAAGAAUCUCGUGCCAGCAGGCUCAUAAAAGAUUGUGGAGAAAUGUAUCUUGUGAGAUCUAAACCUUUUAUCUGUGGCCAAAUAUUUGCAAAGUAAAUAUUGCAGACAGAAUAUAUCCGAUCAAAAGGAGCAAGUGAAGCAUCACCUUGGCCACAUAGGCAACGGUAGGAGGCGGCCCCGCCCACUCAUUAUUUAAGCGCACAAAUGUCACCGGGCGCACAAGCGUCAGUCGGAGGAUACGAAGAACUUGAUCUUGACCAAAGCGUCGCGGUUCGUGAAGGGAAAAAAAAUCUUUAGAUACUUUUCGCGCUUGAUAGAAACUCGUCAUAAAAGGAAUCUUUUAUUCCGAGAACUGGGCUACAGCACAGAGGCCUGAACACAACUUUUGGAAGGCCUGGUCCACAGGGAUUUGAACUUUCUCCAGGUACUUCGUGAGCCGCCUCCUAUCCCUCAGGGGUGUGUGAGAGAGAGAGGAGUCCCGCGAUGCGCUGCCUUGUCCCGGUAACCGUGUAUUGCAUCAGCCUGUUCUCCCUCCAACAGCUGCUCGCGCUUCCAGUCGGCAACCGUCUUCAGCAGAGCAGCUUGAAUCUUCUUCUGGGGCGACCCCAGCAGGUGGAGGGCAACAAGCCGCUGUUCCAGGAUGUGACCGCCUCUGCUCCUGGCGGCAUCCCCGAGGCCGGUGGUUCCCUGGCCACAGGCCGCACCUUCCUCUGGAGGGCGCUACUUGUCCGGGGAGCCCCGCUCACCCAGACGGGCAUAGCCACCGCUACUACCAACACCCCUCUUCUGUCGGGCAGAGAGGACGCAGAACCCAAGCGGAGAGGUCGUCGUCAUGCCAACUCGGGGUCGCGCGGGCACCAACCGCACCAUGGUCACGCGCAGCUGAUGCGCGUCGGUUGCGUUCUGGGCACGUGCCAGGUGCAGAACCUCAGCCACCGCCUCUACCAGCUGAUUGGCCAGAGCGGCCGUGACGACUCCUCCCCCGUCAACCCGCGAAGCCCGCACAGCUAUGGAUGAGUUACCAUAUAGUGACAGCCCUCAAAACCAUGACAUCUACCAAGACAUCUUAAUCCUUAUCUAUAGCUGGUGUUGUUGUUGUUGUCAUUUUUUUAAAAGAAUCUAUUUCGUAUCGCAGAAAAGCCUUUCGCUUUAGAGGCUGAUGUAGUCCACGUGUUAGGUCCCCCCCCCAACAUACACACACCCUUAUGUUAAUGCGUCGCAUCUUCUCCAAGGAAUUUUCAGUGCCUUUUGAACGGUCACAGUUGACUUACAGUUCCUUCAAUAGGGACCAAUGAAGAGUGACAUGGCUGGACAUUCACUGCACCGACCCUACCCCAACCUCACACACACACACACACACACACACACACCCUUCUCAGAUGGCAGAGGUGCUUCAAAUUGACGCCUUAAUCCUGUUAAGAUGAGUUUAAAGGCUUCUUAACCUCCCACGUUUCUCUCUGGACCUUGUGAUGCCAAACCGUCCUGGCCGGACUUACCCAUGGCCCCUGAUGCCUGUCAGCUUCUACUCCGCUGGACAAACAGACAGCUCUUUCAUGUGGAGAUUGGGAUUCGGAAGGCGGUGUGUUUGUGUGUGUGUGUGUGUGUGUGUGUGUGUGUGUGUGUGGUGUCACUGGUGAGGCGAGCACAGAACUGGCUUCUGAGAUUCCCUGAACCCACUCACCCUUCCCAGAUAGACGCCUCUCACAGUCGCUGGCACCACACGGGAGAUUCAGACCACCCAGCGUCAAAUGGACUGAUCGCAACUGGCAAAGUCCUGUCCCUCUGUCUCCCUCUUUGUCUCACACACACACUUUCUCUCUCACACACACACACACACACACACACACACACACACACAAACACACCUACAUUCCAAAAAUGGCUGCCACUGACAGUGGACUGUAGUCAGUUGUCGGUUGUCAAUGUUUCCAUUUUAUUUAUUUUAUUUUAUUCUAUUUUAUUGAUCUUAAACUUGUAGCCAUUGCCUUUGUAUCUAGAGAACAGUAUUCAGUGGGAAUCAUAUGUACAGUCCCCCAGCCUACCAGCAGUGUUAAUGUUAUUUGGUUUAGUUCUUUGGUCAUCAGUCACUGUGUGUGUGACGGUGGACUAAAAGCCAAAUAUUAGCCCCUAGCAGCUCCGCGUGACUCUGGAAUCGUGACUUUACUAACAGCAGCUAUUAAUGGGACUUAAUCUUAGUGCCUCAAUUUCACAUGGAAAUCACUGACCUGUGGGACCUCCCACAAUCCUCAUACAUACACACACACACACACACACACACACAUUGGCACACACACACACACACACACAUGGACACAUGUAAGCAAACCGCAAACUUCGUAACACUUCUUGACAUUUAAAAAGCUGGAUCUGUGACAUAUCACACACACACACACACACACACACACACACACACACUGGCACCACACUGUUCCCAUUGGGGUUUCUAACUUAAUUUAAUUAUGUCACGCUCUAGAGAGUAAGUUCUCUUUAAUACAAAGCAAUUAUAUUUAUUCUAAGGCCGCAUUUGAACGCUCUCGCAGUGUCAUCCAUUUCUGCCCAGGCUUUUACAGUUCAAAUGUGGCUGUUGUUUUUUGUGUUCUCGCAAAAUUAAAGAUUAUAGUUUGACCAAAAUUUCAGGAGACAGGGAGCCAAGUUUUAAAUCCGUAGGCGACAUUCCAUCCAUACAUGUUGUAUGCUGGGUAUUCUAAGAGCUUACCCUUUCUCCACGACGGUAAUAAGUACGUCUGAAUCCGUGGGUGGAUGUGUUUGACUAAAAAUACACCGACGUCUCCCACUGUUUCAGACACUUAAGCACGGUCAGCCAUGGCCCCUGUGAAAUCAAAGUUGUUUCACGGUCUCGCAGCAUGGUUGACCCCCCUCCCCCCACCGCUGUGUGUACAGUAUUAGCUGUUUCAUAUUUUCAUCACCAAGAGAUUAAAAUAGUUGUUGCCAUUCACCACCUUCCCACCUCACUUCUCCCCAUUUGGAAAUAACUUAUCCCCCCACCCACACACACACACACAGAAAAAGUCCUUGCAUCCUCCGUUCCCCUUUCAUGGGUAUGGAGGCCAGCAGCUUAAUCACCAUGUUCCCAUGUUUCCCCUUGAAUACGUAACCGUUGUUGUUAUGCCGGGUUCUAAAGCCAGCGUCGAUUUGAGGUGAGAGGGAAAAUAGAACCGUGGAAUGCAAUGGGUAAUUAGGACUGCUUUUAGCCUGUUCCAGCGGCUCGCUCGCUCACUCAUUCGCCCGAAAGCUGAUUCCCUCAGCUUGCACCGAAAAACCCGCCUUUCUAAUCGCAAAAGAAAUAAGAGGGUUGAUUAAAUUACCAAAUCACCUGGUUAUACUUGACAUGUGAUUUUAACAAUGUUGUCCUUUUAAAUUUUGUUUUGUUAUUUUGUUUUGUUGUGAUCUACAUCAUGCCUUGAUAUACUCUCUUUCCUCUCUUCCAGCCUUUGCUUUCAUAGUCUCUCUAUCUGGUCAAUGUUAAUCUUUGAGUUUCUGUAAUCCGAUUUCUCAAUGGUGGGUUGAUGAGUGUGGGAUCGACUCAGUGGUGGUCCAGGAAGGUUGGAGAGGGAUGAGAUGAGACGGGGGGAGGGUUUUUUUUGUGGGGGAGGGUGGCACAGGGCUGGGUAGCUAUCGGUCACCUUUGCCCUUUUACCGGUCGUGGGGAGGAUGAUCUGUUGGAAGCCUCUCUCUUCUCUCUCCUUCUCUCCACCUCCUUAAGGAACACCCAUGGUCUUCAGUGCCUGUAAUGGAUCAUAAUCAUUGUCUCGUGACCACCCCUGAUUAUUAAACUGCUUUUGUUGAAACGCUGAGAAACCUGGUGGAUCUGUGCUCCUUUGGGCCAUGGUUAGGAUAUGAAGAAGCGCCCACCCCAUGUGACUGCAGAUGUGUGUGUGUGUGUGUGUGUAAUGUGUGUAUGUUUCAGUAAGGGAGAGAGCGUGUGUGUUGCUAGACUGCUGCCUGUGUCAGAAGUGUAUAUGGCGUCAUGGCUGCUUACAAACAUGAGACCUUUGCCCCAAUAGGAUCGACCCUCACCCCCGUCUUUGUUUGUCAGGAAAAAAAACACCUCCAACUUUCCUGGUGUUAUUAGCUGAAUUUGUUUAGGAUUGUGUACUUUGUACGUGACGUAGUUGGGGGGGGGAUUAUAUUCUGUCCCAUGUGCUUGUACUGUAUGUGUGAGUGUGUGUGUGUCUGUGUGUGAGAGAGAGUGAGUGAGUGAGUGUGUGAAUGUGAGUUUUUACCAACUUAAAAUGUAAGGUCAGAUUGUGUGUUUAUAAGGUAAAGAAUUAAACACCCAGUAGAUGCACUUUAAAGUGGGCAAAUGGUGUUCAUGUAAAGGAUGUGAAUGAACUUAUGAAUGCUGUCGAAACUUGAGUUGUACUGUUCAUGAUGGUUUUAAUAAGGCUGUGUAUACAUGUAUCAGUAGAAAACAUGUAGAGGUCCACCCUAUGUUGGGGAAUCCGGGUGUCCAAACUAGUGCUUAUGCACUCUUUGUAAAUAUUAUUAUUAUUAUUAUUAUUCGUACCGUUAUUAUUAAUCUGGAUAUUUAAGUUCAUGUAUUUAUCUUAAGUUAUGUUUGUAUAUUUGUCACCAAAGACUUAUUUAUCACCCUGUGCCUCUGCCUUGUCUCUAGGGGGCACAUCGCCAUAAACUAGGCAGGAGGUGGGGUUCUACAUAUAAGGCCUACAGUUAGUGUUACUGUCUUUCCCUGUUUCUGUGCUGUUCCAAAUAAAGACUACACACUGUAGUGAGAUUA